AUGCCGUUCGUCAAAAAGAUCAAGUCCGGUGCCUACUUCUCUCGUUUCCAGGUCAAGUACCGUAGAAGGAGAGAGGGAAAGACUGACUACUAUGCUCGCAAGAGGUUGACCACCCAGGCCAAGAAUAAGUAUAACGCCCCCAAAUAUCGCCUCGUUGUACGAUUCACCAACAAGGACAUCAUCGUCCAGAUCGCGUAUGCUCGUCUUCAGGGUGACUUUAUACUCGCCGCUGCACAUUCAAAAGAGCUUCCACGAUACGGCAUAAACCAUGGGCUCACCAACUGGGCUGCUGCUUACGCUACUGGUCUCUUAUGUGCACGUCGCGCAUUGACCAAGCUUGGGCUAGCUGACAAGUAUGAGGGUGUUGCCGAACCAGAGGGCGAAUUCACGUUGACCGAAGCCCUCGAUGAAGAGGAUGCCCCACGACCAUUCAAAUGCUUCCUUGACGUCGGUCUCAAGCGCACUUCGACUGGUUCGCGUGUGUUUGGAGCAAUGAAGGGUGCAUCGGAUGGUGGUAUCUUCAUUCCCCAUUCAGAAAAACGUUUCCCCGGCUACGACCCAGAGUCCAAGGAACUUGAUGCCGAAGUUUUGAAGAAGUACAUCUUCGGUGGUCACGUCGCAGAGUACAUGGAAUCAUUGGAGGAGGAAGAUGACGAGCGUUUCAAGAAGCAGUUUGCAACUUACCUUGCAGAUGGCAUCGGCUCUGAGGAUAUGGAGGAGAUUUACACAAACGCUCACGCUGCAAUCCGUGAAGAUCCGGUCUUCAAGCCCACAGAAAAGACCAAGGACUGGAAGGCGGAGAGCUCGAAGUAUGCUACACCGAGACUUACCCAUGCCCAACGCAAGGAGAAAAUCAAUGCCAGAAUCGAGCAGUUCCGUGCAGGUGCUGGCGACGACGACGAGUAA